UUAUGCGUAAUCGUCUUCAAAAUGAUGAUUGCUUGACAAUUCAAGAUAUUAAUAUAUUUCUUGAUGAUGUUGCCAAAUACAAUGAAUUAAACUAUAAAAAAGAUGAGCUUUUCAUUCACAUUAUACGUAAAAUAAAUGCGAUAGAAUUAAAAUGGCUAACGCGAAUUCUUUUAAAAGAUUUGAAAUUAAAUUUAUCACAAAAAAAAAUGUUUAAAGCUAUGCAUCCGGAUGCCGGAGAAUUCUUCAACGUAACAUCUAAUUUACAGCGAGUUUGCGAUAGAUAUUCGACUUUACAUUCUGAAGAAAUAGAUAUUCCCAUUCAAAUAGAAAUUUUUUCUCAUAUUAAGCCUAUGCUGUUGGAACGACUUAAAAUAGAACAGAUUGGGCAACUAUUUACUGAAUGUCAACAAUUAUACGUGCAAAUCAAAUUCGAUGGAGAAAGAUCACAAUUGCAUAUGAAAAAUGGAAAAUAUAAAUAUUUUUCAAGGCAAGGCUACGACAUUACAAAUAAUAGUAGUUACGGUGAAUAUCCCGAUUCAGGAAGAUUCUUAACUUCUAAUAUAGCCCUGCUAUUAAAUAAAAAUAUUCAUACGAUUAUUCUCGAUGGUGAACUAAUGGGAUGGCACAAGAGAAAUAAAAAUUUCGGAUCGAAAGGAUAUAGUUAUGACGUUAAAAAAUUAACAGAAAAAAGUAAUUAUCAGCCAUGCUUUGUAGCCUAUGAUAUUCUCAUAUACAAUGAUGAGCAUCUUAUAAAUAAAGUUUACUCAGAGCGUUUAAAUUAUUUAAAGUCUGCCUUCACUGAGAAAGAAGGUAUCCUGAUGAUGUGCAAAACAAAAACAGUUUCCAAUGUCAACGAAAUUGUAGAUGCAUUUAAUGUUGCAUUGGAUAAUAACGACGAAGGCAUUGUUAUUAAAAAAUGUAAUGCUCUUUAUAAACCGAAUGUUCGAGAAAAAAGUGGAUGUUUUAAAAUAAAAGCUGAAUAUUCUGAUCAACUCAUCCAAGACUUAGAUCUAAUUAUUCUGGGAGGUUAUUAUGGUGAAGGUGUUCACAGUGGACAAGUAAGCAGUUUUUUAGUCGGGGUGGCAAAUUCAUGUAUAAACAAAUCGAAGUUACCAUCAAAAUUUUUCGCCGUCGUCAAAGUUGCGUCUGGUUUAAGUGAUGCUGAUCUGAAGAUAAUUCAAAAGAAAUUUAAGCCACAUUGGAUGGACAAAAAGCCAAUUGGAAUUGUCGGCCCUACUUCCCAACUUCCGGAUGUUUGGAUAUCGCCAAGAGAAUCUUUAAUCGUACUACUACGUGCAACAGAAAUUAUCAAAACAAAAGUUUAUCCUCUCGGUUACAGCAUGCGAUUUCCAAGAAUUUUAAAAAUUAGAUUAGACAAAUCUUGGUUUGAUGCCUGUUCUUUAAAUGAAUUUAGCACUCUUAUUAAGGAUAAAAAAGUAGUGCAAAAAUUAACAAAAAGAAAAGUAACAACAGCUGAUAUAGAUGAUGUGAUAGAUAAUGAAAAGUGUAAUACUGGAAAGUCUCUAGUAUCUUCAUUAAAAGUCUAUGAUCCUUUUUUUCAUGCGAAAAAAGAAGAUAUAGUCCCAAUAUCACGUUUAUUCGAAGGUAAAAAAUUUUGCGUAAUCAAUGGGGAUGACGAACUGAGCAAGAAUGAUAUAACUGUGCUUUUGAAAAGGCAUAUGGCAGAAGUACUACAAAAUCCCGGGAUAGAUACGUUCUGCAUAUUAGUUGGAAAUCCUGAAACUCUGAAAGCACAAAAUAUAAUAUUGAGCAAUAAAUACGACGUAGCAAAGCCAAUCUGGUUAAAAAGAGUAACAAGAUCAGAGAAUCUUUCGAAAAUACAAGAAUUUUAUCCUUGGGAGUUGUUUGCUUCAUGUCCCGCAACUAAACGAAAGCUAGAAGAUAUCUAUGAUCAAUACUUUGAUAGUUACAUAGAAGACACCAAUGAAAAAUGUCUCAUGAAAUCUAUAGAAAAAAUUGAUGAAAUGCUUGAAGACAAGAGCGAACUUUCUUUAUUAGAAAUGAAGAAAUUAGAUGAAUUAAUGUUUGAAGGUUCAGUGUCGCCAUUUUCAAUUUUCCGAGGAAUAACUGGUUAUUUUUACAAAAAAGAUGAUAUCGAAAAAUUUUCAUUUAAGUUUAUGAGCGGAAGAGAAUCAAAAAAAUUAAAUACGAGCAUUGAUUAUGUUUUUGUUGCUGAUGAUAUUUCUGUAGAUGCUUUACAAAAAAUUAAAGGUGAUUUAAGUAAUAUAUAUAAUAAUACUCGAAAAUCAAUUUUAAUUAUAAGAACAAAAUGGAUUUGCGAUUGUUUUACAAAUCGAGAACUGUGUUCGUCGUAA